ACAGCCCCAUUCAACCUGGGUCGCUGGUGCCUGCGUCCCCUCCUCUCCGCUCUGCGCUCCAGCCGGGUCCGCCGCCGCCGUCGCCAUGGCUCAAGCUGAUAUUGCACUGAUUGGACUGGCUGUCAUGGGCCAGAACUUAAUUUUGAACAUGAAUGACCACGGCUUUGUGGUCUGUGCUUUCAAUAGGACAGUCUCCAAAGUUGAUGAGUUCUUGGCCAAUGAGGCAAAGGGAACCAAAGUGAUAGGCGCUCACUCCUUGGAGGAGAUGGUCUCCAAGCUGAAGAAGCCUCGGCGGAUCAUACUGCUCGUGAAGGCUGGUCAAGCUGUUGAUGAUUUCAUUGAAAAAUUGGUACCGUUGUUGGAUGCUGGUGACAUCAUCAUUGAUGGGGGAAAUUCUGAGUACAGGGAUACGACGAGACGCUGCCAAGACCUCAAGGCCAAGGGCAUCUUGUUUGUGGGCAGCGGCGUUAGUGGUGGAGAGGACGGGGCCCGGUAUGGCCCGUCGCUUAUGCCCGGAGGGAACAAAGAAGCCUGGCCCCACAUCAAGACGGUCUUCCAGGGCAUCGCUGCCAAAGUCGGGACCGGAGAGCCGUGCUGCGACUGGGUGGGAGAAGAGGGAGCCGGGCACUUUGUGAAGAUGGUGCACAAUGGGAUCGAGUACGGGGACAUGCAGCUGAUCUGUGAGGCUUACCACCUUAUGAAGGACAUCCUGGGCAUGGAGCACAACGAGAUGGCGCAGGCAUUUGAGGAAUGGAAUAAGACGGAGCUGGACUCGUUCCUGAUCGAAAUCACAGCCAAUAUUCUCAAGUUCAAAGACAGCGACGGCACUCCCCUGCUGCCGAAGAUCAGGGACAGUGCGGGGCAGAAGGGCACGGGGAAGUGGACGGCCAUCUCAGCCCUGGAGUACGGCAUGCCCGUCACGCUCAUCGGAGAAGCAGUCUUUGCCCGAUGCUUAUCAUCUCUGAAGGACGAGAGGAUUCAAGCUAGCAAAAAGCUGAAGGGUCCUCAAAAGUUCCAGUUUAAAGGGGACAAGAAAUCAUUCCUGGAGGACAUUCGAAAGGCACUCUAUGCUUCCAAGAUCAUCUCUUACGCUCAAGGCUUUAUGCUGCUGAAACAGGCAGCCACUGAAUUUGGCUGGACCCUCAACUAUGGUGGCAUUGCCUUGAUGUGGAGGGGGGGCUGCAUCAUCAGAAGUGUAUUCCUGGGAAAGAUAAAAGACGCCUUUGACCGGAACCCAGGACUCCAGAACCUUCUCCUCGAUGACUUCUUUAAGUCAGCUGUCGAAAGCUGCCAGGACUCCUGGCGGCGGGCCGUCGGUGCUGGUGUCCAGGCGGGCAUCCCCAUGCCCUGCUUCACCACGGCGCUGUCCUUCUACGACGGGUACAGACACGACAUGCUGCCCGCCAACCUGAUCCAGGCUCAGCGCGAUUACUUUGGGGCGCACACCUACGAACUCCUCACCAAACCGGGAACGUUCAUCCACACCAACUGGACAGGCCACGGGGGCAGCGUGUCGUCGUCCUCGUACAACGCCUAAGCAGGCGGCCUCCCCAGGGCUCACAGGCGGGGACAUUCUCUCUGCCCCACACCACUGCUUACACCGCCCUUUGCCCUGCUCUCUGCUCAGAUCUUUCCAAGUAAAGCGCAAGGAGGGACUCCCGAAAAGUCAGCCCAGGUUUCGUGUGGAGCAGCUCCGGGAGAACCGGCCCUGGCCUCGGCUCCAGGAGGAGCAGCGCCUGAAGCCGUCACUGUGCACACGUCCCUGUGGACGGGUCUCGUGGACUCUGCUCCGGGACUUUAGUAUCGUGCAGCUGAAUUCCCUUUUCUCUACUUAAUAAAAGCUACGUUAUAUUUCA